AUGGCUCGUUUCAGCAAGUACGACUCGAACCCCAAGGCUUGGAUUGAUCUCCAGAGUGAGGAACGCAGCCUUGCUGUUGCGAAGUGGCAGCGCAUCAUUCUUGUUGAGCCCCUUGCCUUUGGACUUGCACGUGAUUUCCAUGCUUCGAAGGCAGCAGGGUUGGGUACUGGUCCUUUUCUUAACAGCGUGGCAGAUGCCUUGGCAGUGAAAGCAACGUCUACUUUGCACUCGCGUGCGAAUGCUCUUAUGAGGUAUGUUGCCUGGGCUUCGGGCAAGACUGCGAUAGUUUUUCCUGCCGCUGAGCCUCUUGUGUAUGCUUACUUCGAUGAUGCGAAGGACAAAGCUGCACCGACUUCCUUGAAGAGUGUUCUCUCCGCUUUUGCCUUCGCAAAGUAUGUUGUGGGCUUGAAGGGUGUUGACGAGAUUUUGGAGUCGGGUCGUGUUCGGGGCCUGGCAGCUCGGCUUUUCUUGCAGAAGAGGAAGUUCUCCGAUGCCCAGCGUGUGUGCAAGCUCCUUUUUGUGCGCCUGAUAUCAGCGUAUCUCGAGGUCCACGUUUCGAGGAGCAAGACCAGCUUCUCCCUCGAGAGGAAGGUUAGGUUCUUGCCGAUGGCAGCUUGUGCUUUGGGUCUGUCGGGUCUCAGGUGGGCCGAUGCUUGGAUCGAUGUCAUGGAAGCAUGUGGGAUUCGUAUCCACGAGGAUUUGCCCCUCCUGCCGUGUCCGGGUUCCAACGGGACCUGGAGGAAUGUGCCUCUGCCGUGCGACCAGGCUUGUGUGUGGCUCAGGAGCCUGCUUGCCCAGGGAGUGGGCCCCGAUGAGUACUUGAACAAUGUGGGUACGCAUUCGUGCAAAAGAACAAUCCUCUCAUGGGCCAGCAAACGUGGUCUGCCAAGGGACCAAAGGGCCAUCUUAGGCUAUCAUACUUCGAAGUCUGCCGGUGUGGGCACGGAGCUCAUCUAUGAAGUCGAUGCUCAGUCGGCCCCCCUCAGGGCCAUGGCGUCGAUGCUGCGUGAGGUCCGCUCUGGGAAGUUCAUGCCUGACAACCCAAGAGGGCAACAGCUGGCAGAGGAAUGUGAGAGGUCCGAUGAGGAGGAUCCACCUCACUCCGAGGAUGACAUGGCGUCGUCUUCGGGCUCCGACCUUGUGUCUUUAUUUCAACCUCAUCAUCUAAGUGAACCUCGCCCUUUUUUCCAGUCUUCCUUUUGA